GCCAAUCUCAUCGAACCAACCAAUGGCCUCCAUCCAUCCAAACAGUAGCAGCUUGGCCAGGCCGCGGCCGGGACGGCUAGCUGCCGUGCCAGAGGGGAGCACGGACGGCGCCAAAGCUGACCACCCGACGGUGGUGGGACUCUACCGCGACCAGAUCCAGGCCGUCGACCUGUCCGUCGUGCGGAGAAGAUCGACUAUCUUCGGUCAUGGCGGAUCCAGCAGCUCCAGUGCUUCGAAUUCCUGCCCGUCCAGCAACUCCGGCUACUCCUCCGGUUCAGCGUCCGCCGUUGCGCUGGAGUGCUUGGGCAACCCAGAGCUCCAGAGGAUUGCUCGCCAAAUGAUCCGCGACGGGUACACCUGGCACAUGGUCCAAGCAUUCAACGGCGCAUCUCCUGCACCAGCACUCAUAUCCGGUGGUAGCCCCGGCCAUGCCCUGGAUAGUUGGUUCUCGGAACUCGACGUCGACUGGGUUCUCCAAAUCGACGACGAGCAAGGCUUACGGCAGCUGCUUCGAGACAAGCCGGCGACGACGCAAGACUUGGUCAACAAGUGGAUCCGGGCUCUUACAGUAAUUGCCGCCAAUAUCACUGAGUUGUUGUUGGGCUUCUACACUAUGCCGGCUGUCCUACUGUUUGGCAAAGCGAGCAUCACGGAGUUGUUUGAUGUCGUGGAUGUCAUCAUCACCGUUCUCGAAGCGGAGAAACUGCGAGCCGUGCUUGACAUGUUUACCUGCGUCUGUCGUGAGUUGCACAUCUUAAGCAUUUGCAACGAGAUAGGUGGCCCGUUCAAGAGACAAGCAAACAGGCUAAGCGAGGUCAUAGCAAGCACGAUAGAGGAGGUGAGGACACACGUGGAGGAAGAUGACUCAUGGGCUAUCGACAUCCCACGAGGAGGAGGUGAGGUGCACAACAACACUCGGUUCAUCAUGGAUUGCAUACUAUCCAUGAUGAAUGCACAUACUUCAACGGAAAACUCAGCACCGAGCCACAACUCUGAAAACCUUGGUGCCCUGAUCGAUGGCACAAUCGAUUAUCUCAAGGGUUUGCUCUUCACAAAAUCGGAGUCAUGCUCGGAUCAAAGCCUCCGGUAUCUGUUCUUGCUCAAUAAUUCCUAUUUCAUAUCUCAUGUGGUGUCUGGAUCAUCAGGAUCUUUCAUUUAUAAGAACAUCCCAUCUAGACUUCCACCUGAAUGUAAGAAGUACAUGGAUAAUUAUCUCGAUGUUUCUUGGGGACAUAUGUUCUCCUGCAUGCCGAAAUCGAGAUUCCCUGGACCAAUCCAUUGUUGGAUCAACACCUCUUCACUGGCGAAGUUUGAGUCUGCAUUUCACAAAACAUACCAGGCUCAGAAGUUCUGGAAGGUUCCGGACCCUAAGCUCAGAGAGGCAUUGCGGAGAGCUAUUACCGAAAGAGUCAUUUCAGGUUACCGCGACUACCUAGAGGAGCAUCGGGAGUUAAAGAAACACGUUGGCCGCAAAAGCAGCAGUCCUGAAGUUUUGGAGGAGAUGUUGGGACAGCUAUUUGAAGGGUGAAAGCUGCUCCAGGCAUCAAACAGAGUCACCUGACAAAUCAGAAGCUGGAGUGAUGUUUCACCGUUGUAUUUGGAUUCUAUUUUCCCCGUUCCUUUUGUGGUGAAGCUGUAUUCUGAAUUCUGUUGGCAGCUUAAUAAGCGUCAGAUACUGUAUCAACUGGGCACCUGCUGCGGCUGUUUUAAAUUUGAUUUCCUGAUUCCAUUUCCAUGUCAAAUAUUACUUCCA